AUACAAGAGGAAGAGCACCGUCAACGCCGCAGAGCUGUUGAGCAUGAGGAGCCGCGGGAUCAAAGAUGCUGGGAGUUUAUACAGACACUCAUUUAAGGUCUUUAGAGCUCUCGUUCUUCAGGAAGGCGUGGCUUUCUGAGGGACGUUUUGGUAAAGCCUUCCAGACAUGGCGAUCCAUUGAAAGUCAGCCCUCAAUCCAAGUUUUUGUCGGGGUCCUAGCCCCCGUGCCCUCCACCCUCCUCCGCUUCCACCAAAAGGGAAGACCAGUUGCGGAGGAAAAUAGGAGUUUCGUUAAAGUAUGGAGCAAGACCUCAAAGUCACCAGUGAUGUAUGAAAAUGGUAAAAUCUACUUUGACAAUUAUCAGAACUGCUACAGCUGUGUUCAUGCUGUGCCUCAAAUUUUGUACAAAAUGCCUAAAAGGUCCACACAGGAGAAAAUUGAAGAUGCUCUGCUAUGUGAGAGCCCACUGGAGCAAACUUUACCUACAUCCUCUGACCACAAUCCCAGCCUUUUAGUCUUGACAGCCAAUAACUGGCUCCUCCGCCUUUCAGCUGAAACAGGAAAAGAGCUGCAGAGUGUUUACCUCUCGCCAAACUACAAAUUCAAAUAUCUUGGCUGGGAUUCUUCUCAAGAGAUCUUCUACGUUAAAUCUGUUCAAAACAAAGAAACACCGUUAUCAAGACAGGUGGCAGGUGUAACACAUAGUGCGUUUAUGUAUCUGGGCAUUUUUCGUGUCUUCCCUUUGCAAAUUGUGGGCAUUUUGGAGAUCAAUAAGAAGGGGUUUGGAAGUGGCAUUACUGAUGUUUUGAUGCAUCAUGGUGUCCUUGCAGUUUCUCACAGCAACAAGAAAGUAAAGAUGUACAGCAUUGAACACAUUGUACAAAGAUACCUAACUGAAGAGUUAACUCUGGGAAAGCAGAGUUCACUUCUUGGAGGCAAAAAAGUUGGAGAAUUUCCGUGUGGUAUUCCAGUUAAUAUCCAGGUCACCGAUUCCAUCCCAGUACUUUUUGAGGUGACCUCUAACAACGGAGUCCAGGUUGGUGGCAACCCUUGGCACUACAUUUACAGCCCAGCGAUAAAACAACAGAGGGAAACUCACCACAUCUGUUCACUCAAGGACAGCACUUUGGCUACAAACGGAAUACAGAACCUGAACUGCUACUCCCUCGAAAGUGACGUGAUCUUUUUUCAUCCCACCAACUCAAGCAGCGUCGUCCACAUCGGACCCACCAUCAUCAAUUUCCUGAAAAUUGUUGGUGAGGUGGAUAGUCCUUUGCCAUCCAAAAUAGUUAAGGAUUUCUCUCUGACGACCAGUCGAAAACCUUCAUCCAGAGUCACCGUCACAUCAUCAGGACGGACAGUGAAGAAGAGAUUUCAGCAGCUGGAUGAUGACCCGAGUCAAGAGAAUUUCCGGAUACUGGAAUUUGAAGAUGAGCUUGAUCUUCUGGCCGUAGUGGUAACUAAUGGAGAAGGAGAUGAAGGAAGGAGUCACAUCCAACUCCAUGACAACCUAACAGGACAGUUUCACAGAAAGAUUGAUCUGGUUGAAUGUUGGGAUGAGACUUAUCCUCACCAGAUGUUCUUUGAUAGAGAUACAAUUAUUCACAUUGAACAAAGGAACACCAACUUCUGCUGCCAUGUUUACAAGCUCAAGACCACCAGAAAAUAACUGGCGCCAAACUAAAAACUGCUUCAGAACAUCAUCAUGAUUUUCAGAUGUUUCAGUUUUGUGGAGUUUUUUAAUAGUUUCAAACAUGUUAGAGUAUCUUACUUUUAUAAUAAAUUAUACUUUUACUAUACUGUAGGAUUUUUUAACAUUGUAGAUCUCUAUAAGCUACAUAAGUGGACAUUUUAAAAGGCAGCACAUGGUUCCACUGAUCAGGCAACAAGCUGGUCAUGUAACGUCUACCCUCAAGUCAAAUUGGAGGACUUUGGGAGUUUUUCACCAGUCAAUGUCUUUUGAAGGUCACAUAAAAACACAAGGAUGGAACUUUUUAUCAUUUGAGAAAUAUCUCCAAACUUUGAAGGUUGGUGUCAAAACUUGAACUUGAAAAGGUUAUUCACAUCUUUAUCUCUAGCCGUCCUGAUUACUGGAACCAGAGAUGCAGCGUGGAGACAGGCUAGGGAAGCUUGUGCUUGGGCCAAAAAAAUCUGAAGCCUAGUUUAUACUUUUCUGUCAGAUCGGGUGCAGAGACACAUAUUGAUGGAGACAUUUUCCUUUAAGACUUCUCCGUUGCCUGGGGAGCAAUUCUCUCCCAGGACAACAAGAGGCGCACUGCUUUUCGGAGGGAGGGGUCUGCUGCCAUCUCAGACAUGUCUCUGGUCGACGAUAAUGUAUUUACUAUUGUGUAUUUGUGUUGUGUAAAUGUAUUUGUGAGUUCUUA